AUGAACAUGACUGAUCAUACUGAGGCUAAAGUCUGGGUCUUUGCCAACAAGACGGAGGGGACACCAACGAUAGACGGCCCAAACCCAACAUUCCGGCUAGAAACCAUUCAGAUCCCGCCUCUCAAGGAAGAACAAAUUCUUGUCAAGGUCCUUUAUAUCUCAAACGAUGCAGGCCUCCGUACCUUCAUUGGCUGUACAGUUGAUGAGGACAGGAUGUAUGUCCCUCCCAUCGAGAUCGGCGACCCCAUGCAUUCUGGAGUGAUCGGGGAAGUUCUCGAGUCCAGCUCCGCACGUUUCAAACCCGGCGACUUGGUAAUGGAACCGUAUCGAUCCUGGUGGGGCGAUAAGACCAUCCUCGACACCGACACAGUGCAACAUAUCGCCCCUCUCCCAAAUAACCUCUCCAUCACGCAUUAUCUUGGUGCAUUCGGAGGAUCCGGUCAGGCAGGUUACGUCGGACUCUUGCAUAUCGCGCAAGCCAAGCCCGAGCACACAAUCGUUGUUUCCGCUGCAGCGGGAGCUACGGGGUCCAUCGUCGUGCAGACCGCAGUCAAGCUUCUCGGUGCCAAGCGCGUAGUAGGCAUCGCAGGCGGUAAAGAAAAGUGUGCAUGGGUUAGAGAUUAUCUAGGCGCUCAUGCAUGUGUUGACUACAAAAGUCCCACGUUUAUGCAGGAUCUGAAAGAGGCGACACCAGAGGAGGUUGAUAUCUACUUCGAUAAUGUCGGUGGAGCUGUCUUGGAUGGUGUCCUUACGAGGAUGAAGAAGUUUGGAACGAUUGCAGUCUGUGGAGCUGUAAGUACGUAUAAUUCGGAUAAGCCGACUAUGUUGAAGAACUGGUUCGAGAUCAUCUCGCAGAGGUUGACUCUAAAGGGCUUUUUUCUCUUUGAUCACAUGGACAAGGUUCCCGAUGGGAUGGAGCAACUCAUCAAGGCGGCGACCGAUGGACGAAUUAAUGUUGAUAUUGAGAAUAUCGUACCAGCGAAGAUCGAGGAUAUGCCUAGGGCUUGGAUAGAUGUUUAUAAUGGUGGAAACAAGGGAAAGUCUAUCACAAAGCUAAUCUAG